GUUUAAUCGAGAUCUAGAAUUUAUCACACAUAUCAAUAUCACUUCAGCACACAUUGCAUCGUAUACUUGCAAACGGGAGUGUCGUAGAAAUCGGUCAGAUAAAAUUUGCAGCACAAGAAGAGAGAUCAUAACGAGAUUGUAACAGUAAGAAGACGAGAUCCUGCCCGCAGCCUGGAUAGGCUAAACAUUUUACAUUGGUGUAGCUUCCAGAAGCCAGAUUGGUGUUAAUUUUAGAGUUUAAACAAGCACACAAAAACAAAAUGGAGAAACCGAACAGAACUUAUCUACAUGUAAUGUGCUUGGGAACGUUAAUUGCGUGCUUCGCCAUUCACGGGACAACGGCGGCUGGUAACGUUUCGGUGAAUAUCAAUGGGACUAUCACAUACGCGGAUCUCCCAGAAGGACGGCCAUACUCCUCGCCCGCAGAGUUUGACGAGGGUAGCUUCCCAUUGCCAACAACAUGGGAUUUUAUUGGGAACUUUCUAUCAUCAGUUUCCCCAGGAGAACCCCCAUAUGAAUUGAUCAACGCCAUCAUAGGAGACCCUUCAAGUAUAGAUCUUUCCUUGCUCACGGGUAAUAUCACAAGGUACCAGCGAAAUCUGAUGGGCUUCGCGAUCUGCUUUGUCCUGGGAUUGCUCUUUGUUCUCAUCUUUCCCAUCGUAGCCCUUUGUUUCUGCUGUUGCCGAUGUUGCUGCAAGAACUGCGGUGGCAAGAUGCACAUGGAUCAGAAGGACAACUCCUGUUGCCGAGUGAUGAUCUACUCCAUUUGCCUCCUAGCUUCACUCGUCUUUGUCUUUUCCGGUGCUGUGACAGCCCUGUGCAUCAGUGGGUAUACAGGCAGCCAGGCAACGACUCUCCCAACCAGAGUCAGCGAUAAUAUUCUAGAUUUUGUGAGAUACCUGAACAACACCCUUGAGGAAAUUGAUUUUGUAAUGACUGAUCAACUAUCGUUUACACUGGAUCAAGUCAGGACCGAUCUGAAUGAUAUUGGUACUUUAGUCGGUGUUCCUGUUCGGGAGAGUCUCCGAACAAAUGUAGGCCCAGCUAUCGAUGCAGUCAUCGACAUGGAGGAGAAUAUCAAUGGAACGCUGUUCUACAUGGAAGCGAUUGAUACCCGCCAGGCUCGGAUGGAGAUUAAUUAUGAGAUCCUUAGCACCAACCUGACGGCUAUCUUGAACGACCUGACUACCCUGUGUGGUUCUUGUGGCUGCUGCUCUAACGCAACAACCCAGCUGAGGGAUGUUGAGAUAGAUGCAGACUAUAGGGAUAUCAAUGUAACUCAUUCUGCUCAGAGUAUCGGAAGCUUCCCACAAGUCUUGGUGAGCCAGUCAAUCGUGGAACUUACUGAUGUAGCCAAUCGGAAUAUCAGUGACCAAGCUCAAGAGGGAUAUCAAACAUUUGAGGACAUCCCAGACACAUUGACUAAUACAACUUCAUCUGAAGUAGGAGAUAUUAUUUCUACCAUUGAUGGACUGGAAGAUACCUUGAAUCAGUUCAUCAACGAAACCACCUUCACUCUCCAAAGUACAUCUGGAAGCAUUGAACCUUUUGAGGAACAAGCAAAUAACAUUUUGAGUACUUACGCAAAUGACUAUGAUCAGUACAGAGCCAUUGUGAUGUACGUCUUCUAUGGAUUCAUCCUCUUCAUCGUCGUCCUGUUCCUUCUCGGUUUGCUCAUCGGAGUUUUCUCAUACGACCGUAAUGCCUCACCCACCGACCGUGGUUCUUGCUCUAACUGCGGUGGACUCUUCCUGAUGGCUGGUGCUGGCUUUGUUUUUAUCUUUGGAACCUUCAUGAUGCUUAUCACUGCGUUGACGUUCAUCAUCGGGGGACCGAUUGACCGUCUUAUGUGCGACCCACUCGUUUCAGGACAGCUCUUUGCCCAGACUGUUGAUUUAGAAGAUGGAAUCUUGGACGAUGGAUACUACCUUGGAAAUUUGAUCUUUAGUGACCCCUCAGUUCCUUUCCAGAUCAGUGGAUUCCUUGAUGCGUGUGAGCAGAAUGAGGCUGUGUAUACUGCAUUCCUACUGGAGAAUCUUUUCAACGUCACACAGUUUACUGACAUCUCUUCGCAAAUUCCGGAUGUUGAUGAUCAGUUUUCCAAUAUUACUGGAGACUUCAGCUCUGUCCAGAUCUUGACCUCUGACACCAAAGAUACCCUGAUUGACUUCAGGGAUUCGCCGGCUGAUACCAUUGACUGGACCAUUUUCACUAACGAGCUGGACACAAGCCUGCUCUAUGAUGGUGACGGCAACAAUGAUACUCUGGUGGAACUCAUCAACGCUCUUGGUAUUGAUGCUGAUGCAGCUUCGGGUUCAGAUAAAACAGAUUUGAAUGCAAUCAAAGAUGAUCUCCAGACUCUUCAAGAUGAAAUCGUCGAUGUCCUCCUCAAUGAUGCGGUUUUGAUAGCCAGAGAGAUUGACUCAUUAACUGCAUACACGGACGAUAUUGAUGUAAGUAUAUAUAGUACUCUUUGCGCCUGUAAUCCAAGCUGUGGGGAAGUUACAAAUUGAUG